CUACGCUUUUCUGAGCCUAACUUUUGGUCGCCUCUGGUUACAUCAGCUCACUCUUCAUCUCAGAACGAUUUCUAUGCUACUACCCCGCCUUCUGUAGCAUGUAUGUCAGUGGCAGGGGAAGACAUUCAUUUAUUGAAUAGUGAUCAAGAUGUGCCCGUCCUAAGUUCCCGUCUCUCGGAGCUUGCUGAAGAAGCUUCAUCCACCAGUCUGACUUCUGGAGCAUCCACACCUUCUCUUCCUCACAACAAAAAAGCACCAUCCCCCGAUGAUUGCUUUAGUCCCAGCUGGAUACUGCGUCGCCAUCCCUCCAGGGCAGACAGGUCAGAUCAAUAA